AUGGAGAAUGGAUCAUCUUCAACAAUGGGGGGGACAUCACAGAAAGAUGGUGAUCGAGUGAAGAAGGGUCAAUGGGGAGCUGAAGAAGACGUGUGGUUGCGAAAGCUGGUGCAACGUUAUGGACCUCGCAACUGGGCUCUGAUCAGCAAAUCAAUACCGGGAAGGUCCGGCAAGUCUUGCCGGCUUCGAUGGUACAAUCAACUCUCACCGGCCGUGGACCACACAGCUUUCACUCCGGCGGAGGACGGGAUCAUUGUGCAAGGUCGUACAAAUUACGGCAACAAGUGGUCGAUGAUUGCCAAACUCCUUAAUGGUCGAACUGAUAACGCGAUCAAGAAUCAUUGGUAUUCGACUCUGAAGAGGAAGAACUCACUGGCGAACAUGCAGGAUGCUGAAGCCGGCGGUAAGCAAGGUUCUAGACCUGAGACUGAGAGUACUUCGUCAGGAACUGAUCUUAACAGUGCAAACCAUCUUCCGCUUUUUGAAGAACCGGUGCCGGACCUGAACGAUCCACCGCCGGAACUGACUCUGUCUUUCGCAGUAAACUGUUCAUCUGAGUGUCCAAACAUCGAGAAAUUAUUCAGGAAGAAGUCUCGAACGAGUCAAACACUUCCUUUGAGUGCAGGGCUAAUGUCUGUGAUGAGAGAGAUGAUCCAGAAGGAAGUUACGAAUGACAUGGCGGGACUUGAAGGUGGUGGAAUAAGUUUGCAGAGUCAUAUCGAUUACAAAGAAAAAAGACUGGAAUAG